GGGGCCCGCCCGCCUGGAGUCCCGGCCGCCUGCCGGGUCCCGUGACACUGGCCGGAGAGCGCGGGUCACAAGCGCCAGCGCGGCCAGCGGCGGCAACAUGGCCUCGGAGGCGGACUUGCGCGCCCGGCUGCAGCGCGCCAGCCAGGAGCACCUCCUGCGCUUCUGCGCCGAGCUGGCGCCGGAGCCCCGCGCCGCGCUGCUGGCCCAACUCGAGGCCCUGGAGCCCGAGGCGCUGCGCCAGCACUGCCAGCGCGCGGCUGCCGCCUGCGCGCGCCCCCCAGGCCCGCCGUCCGACCUGGCUGCGCGCCUGCAGCCCCUGCCUCCUGAGCGCGUGGGCAGCGCGACCGAGGGUGACCCCCAGACCCGGCGGCUCUGGGAGGAGGAAGGUUUCCGUCAGAUCGCCCUGAACAAGGUGGCCGUGCUGCUGCUGGCUGGUGGGCAGGGCACCCGCCUGGGGGUGACCUACCCCAAGGGCAUGUAUCAGGUCGGGCUGCCCAGCCAGAAGACCCUGUACCAGCUGCAGGCAGAACGGAUUCGGCGGGUGGAGCAGCUGGCCGGCGAGCGCUACGGGACCCACUGCACGGUGCCCUGGUACAUCAUGACCAGUGAGUUCACGCUGGGGCCCACAGCCAAGUUCUUCAAGGAGCAUGACUUUUUCCACUUGGAUCCCAACAACGUGAUCAUGUUUGAACAGCGCAUGCUGCCUGCUGUGUCCUUCGAUGGCAGGGCCAUCCUGGAGAGGAAAGACAAGGUCGCCAUGGCACCAGAUGGCAAUGGGGGCCUGUACAGCGCGCUGGAGGACCACCAGAUCCUAGAGGACAUGGAGCGGCGAGGAGUGGAGUUCGUGCACGUGUACUGCGUGGACAACAUCCUGGUGCGGCUGGCCGACCCGGUCUUCAUAGGCUUCUGCGUGCUGCGGGGCGCCGACUGUGGAGCCAAGGUGGUGGAGAAGGCGUACCCUGAGGAGCCAGUGGGCGUGGUGUGCCAGGUGGACGGCGUCCCCCAGGUGGUGGAGUACAGCGAGAUCAGCCCCGAGGUGGCGCACCUGCGCGCGCCAGGUGGGGGCCUGCUGUACAACGCAGGCAACAUCUGCAACCACUUCUUCACCCGAGACUUCCUCCGGACCGUCACCAGGGAGCUCGAGCCCCUGCUGCAGCCACAUGUGGCUGUGAAGAAGGUCCCCUGUGUGGACGAGCACGGACACCCGGUAAAGCCGCUCCAGCCGAACGGGAUCAAGAUGGAGAAGUUCGUGUUUGACGUGCUCCCGUUUGCCAAGAACUUCGUGGCCUUCCAAGUGCUGCGGGAGGAGGAGUUCUCCCCACUCAAGAACGCCGACUCAGCCGACAGGGACAGCCCCUCCACGUCCCGGCGGGCCCUGCUCGCCCAGCACUGCCGGUGGGCCCUGCGGGCAGGCGCCCGCUUCCUGGACGCACACGGGACCCGGCUCCUCGAGCAGCCCAGCCUGCCUGGCAGCACAGAGCCUCCGGCCAUCUGCGAGAUCUCACCCUUGGUGUCAUAUGCUGGAGAGGGACUGGAGGAAUUCCUGCGAGGCCGCGAGUUCCGGCCCCCACUCAUCCUGGAUGAGGCCACUGCCAAGGAGCUGCGGCCCUGACCCCUGCCAACCCCGGGGCCCAAGACUCAGGACACAGCCCCACCUGGGCUCCGGGCAGGGGAGCUGCUCUGCAAUUCUGGCUGCAAACCGGGGAGCACAGAACAGAGCGGGCUUUCUCCUCAGGGGUGGGAGGCCUCCCACCACCAGGGCCCCGGGAGCCGGGUGACCCCAGGCCUGCAGGGCCCCCGGGGGCGCUCUGGCUUCACUCCUGCAGUGGUGUCCAGGCUGCAGGCAGAGGGACCCAGUGGACUGGGGUGGGGCCCAGGCGGGUGCAGCAGGUGCUGAGAGGCGCACCGGCCUGUGUGAGCUGAGGGGGCUCCUGUGCGCCCGCAGACCCGCCUGGCGGGAGCAGCAGCAGCCAUGCUGUGCUUUUCUGCAGAGACGAGGCGACGGCAGCACCUGCAGGCUCCGUGUUGGGAGGGACAGCUGAGCCUGGGGGUCACAGUCCGGCGCCCCUUCCCUGCCCGGCUGAGGCCCACAGCAGGUCCAGAGCUGGCUCUCUGGGAAGCUUGGCCUGCACGCCUGGCAGAGUUCUCUCGAGUUCCGUCCAAAGCCUCAGCCCCCAGAAAACAGUGGGACCCGUGGAGGGUGCCCCACCCCACUGCCCCAAGCCUACGGGGAGCUUCUGACAACAAUGCCUGUGCUCCUUACUGCCGCCCCCAGGGAGGGGUGGGCACAGUCCCUCACUGCACACCCUCAGCCUGGUCAAGAUGGGGAGAAGCCGGCUACCUCUGGUCUCUUUCCACGGGCUUGGCUGCUUGGGCCCUGCCCACUUCCUGCCUGGAGAGCAGUGCAGGGCGCCUGUCCCCUCCUCCUGUGAAGAGUGUCCUAGGUGCGGCCUGCAGCCCCUCCCUGCUCCUCCAGCCCACGUGCGGCUGACUCCCCCAGGAAGGGUGCGGUCCCGGGGGCUUCAGUGGCAGUGAGCCUCCCAGGGGCUUGGAGUGGCCCAGUGGCUCGCCCACGCCUCCCGCCCCGGGUGUGACGGCAGGGUCAGGGCCAGGCCCAGGGCCCGGAGGACGGCUGUGCCUCCAUCCAGGCUUUGCCGUCAGUCCUAACCUGUGCCUUACUUGCCUUCUCCCAGCUGCUCCACAGGCGAGCAGAGGGCCUGGGGCAGAGGAGGGUCACCAAGGAGGAGGCCGAGGUUGAGGGUCCCGCCCGGCCCAGGGGCUCCUCACUGCCAAGUCGAGUUUGUUGGGUAAACUAUUAAAACAGCUUGCUUUCAC